AUGGAAAUUAAUAAUGAAAGCGAAUACGACGGAUUUUAUAUGAUUGAGGAAAUUGAUAUACCUUUUGAAGAAGAAAUUCUACGUAAUCCGUAUACUUUGAAGUCCUGGUUUCGAUAUAUUGAUCAUAAAGCAGAGCAACCUAUCCAACAAAGAAUUUUUGUACAUGAGCGUGCCUUAAAAGAGUUGCCAGGAUCUUAUAAAUUGUGGAAACAAUAUCUAGAUCUUCGAAGAGAACAAGUUCAAGAUUUAAAUCCAGUUAAAUAUGAAAAAGAAUAUUUAAAAGUCAAUAAUUGUUUCGAGAGAGCAUUGGUGUUAUUACAUAAGAUGCCCCGUAUAUGGAUAGAUUAUUGUAGUUUUCUAGUAAAGCAAUGCAGAAUUACGAAAGCACGUAGAACUUUUGAUAGAGCUUUAAAGGCCUUACCAAUUACACAACAUCCAAGGAUAUGGGAGAUUUAUUUAAAGUUCGCAAGAGAUAUAGGUGGAGAAACUGCCAUCCGACUAUAUCGCAGAUAUCUCAAGUUGGAACCGGAUCACGUAGAAGAAUACAUCGAUUUGUUGCUUUCAUUAAAUCGGUACGAUGAGGCUGCAAAACGACUCGCUCAAGUGGUCAAUAAUGAUCGUUUCCAAUCAAUGCAUGGCAAAUCAAAUUAUCAAUUGUGGAUGGAGCUUUGUGAUUUGAUAUGUGAACAUCCGCAUGAAAUCAAAAGUCUGAAGGUAGAACCAAUUAUACGGAGUGGAAUUCGAAGAUUUACAGAUCAAGUGGGAAAAUUAUGGAAUUCACUUGCAAAUUAUUGGAUAAAGUUGCAUCAUUUUGAAAAGGCAAGGGACGUUUUUGAAGAAGGCAUCAGCACUGUAAUGACCGUCAGAGACUUUACACAAAUAUUUGAUACUUACGCAAAGGCAGAGGAAACUGUCAUUGAAAAAAAAAUGGAAGAGGCAGCUGAGCGUGCAGAGGCAGGCAAAGAAGAUCCGGAACAAGAUUUGGAAUUAGAUUUGAGGUUGAUGCGAUUUGAGCAAUUAAUGGAUCGUAGACCAUUUUUGGUAAAUGACGUCUUAUUAAGACAGAAUCCAAACAAUGUCCAUGAAUGGGAGAAGAGGGUGUCGUUAUGGAAAGAUAACCAUGAAAAGAUUGUUGAGACAUACUCAAAGGCAUUGAGAACCAUAGAUCCAAAGAAAGCAACCGGAAAAUUUCAUGAGUUGUGGGUCAAUUUUGCCAAGUAUUAUGAGAAAGGAGGUGACAUUGAAAAUGCACGUACAAUUUUUGAAAAAGCAACUCAUGUCAACUUUAAAAAUGUCAAUGACUUGGCUACCUUGUGGUGUGAAUAUGCAGAGAUGGAAUUACGGCUUGAAUUCUAUGACAGAGCAAUUGACGUAAUGGGCCGUGCCACAGUUCCAGCAGGAAAUCCAAAUGUAGAUUUCCGUGAUGAGUCUAUACCGGUCCAGCGACGCGUGUUCAAAUCCAUCAAAUUAUGGUCAUUUUACGUUGACUUAGAAGAAAGUAUAGGGACUGUAGAAUCAACAAAAGCUGUCUAUGACCGAAUACUUGAACUGAAAAUAGCAACACCACAAAUAAUAAUUAAUUAUGCAAAUUUCUUAGAAGAAAAUAAAUAUUACGAAGAAAGCUUUAAAGUCUACGAGCGUGGUGUUGAACUAUUCAAUUAUCCAAUCGCAUUUGAAAUAUGGAACGUCCAAAAAUAUGUUUUCAUUAAUCAGUCUGGUUCAAAACUCGAACGUGCACGAGAUCUUUUUGAGCAAGCUCUUGAGAAAUGUCCUCCAAAAUACGCCAAAUCAUUGUAUCUUAUGUAUGGAAAAUUGGAAGAGGAUUAUGGUUUGGCAAGACAUGCGAUGCGCAUAUAUGAUCGUGCAACUAGAUCAGUAUCUGAUGAAGACCGUUUUGAGAUGUUCAAUUUUUAUAUUGCUAAAGCAGGUGCAAACUUUGGCGUCACGUAUACCCGUGAGAUUUAUGAACGUGCGAUCGAAGUAUUGCCUGACAAAGAAGCCAAAGAUAUGUGUUUAAAAUAUGCUGAAUUAGAACGUAAACUAGGAGAAAUUGAUCGAGCAAGAGCCUUGUAUGCUCAUGCGUCGCAAUUUUGUGAUCCAAGGACAGUGCCAUCAUUCUGGCAGACAUGGCAUGACUUUGAAGUCAAACAUGGAAAUGAAGAUACAUUCAAAGAAAUGCUUAGAAUCAAGCGUAGUGUUCAAGCUCAAUAUAAUACAGAGGUUAAUUUUAUAUCCGCGCAAAUACUCGCAACUCGUCAAGCUCAACAAGUUUUUCAGCAAGAAGAUGUGUCUUCAAAUGCUACAUUAACAUCAGCUCCAAGUGCUAUGCAACUUGCAGAACAAGAAGCCAUCCAAAAUAAAGGAAGUUCACAUACUUCUGUUAGAACAAUGAUGUUUGUUCCGUAUGUAUUUCAAGUUUCAUAUGAUUUUAUUUCUUUUGUUUCGAAUGGAAUUAUGCUUAAAUGUGAUAUAUUUGCGUUUUUACACAGUUCUACGCAAGUGGACAAAGAAAAUAUAUCCGCACAAGCUGAUCCUUCAAAUCCUGAUGAAAUUACUAUGGAUAUGGAUGAUGAGGACCAGUAA